AUGGCUGUCAAAAGGAGAAAAGAUACCGCCGUUGUUGCGAGACUCAGCGAUGAGAAAGAGCCAAGUCCCCCUCCGGUAAAUGACGCUCAGGACAUAUUCCGCAAAUAUUUCGAGGCGCAAUUCGAACCGAUUGAGACCAGUGCUUCUUCGAAGCGAAAAAGUGACGCGCUCUCUUCCGGAGAUGAGGACAUCGAUGAAGAGGAUGAAGAGGAUGAAGACUUGUCCGAGGUGGAUUCGGACUGGGAUGGUGUUUCCGGUGACGAAAGCGACGAGGAAGCGGAAGUGGAGGUCGUUGAGCAUAAGGAUGCGAAUCUGUCAGCAAGUGACCUGAUGGAUAAGAAAGCGUACAAGGCUUUCAUGAGUGCUAAGCCUCCCACCUCCGCGGACGAGAAGAAAAAGACCGCUCAAGUAACGAAAAAGGAUGACUCAGAGGACGACGCCCACGAAGCGAUGAACCUGAAAAACGAUCUUGAUCUCCAGCGUCUCCUUCGCGAAUCCCACCUCUUGGAGUCAGCUUCUGACCUUGCCCCGACUGGCAAGAACCGUUUGAAAGCGCUAGAUCUACGCAUGCAAGAUCUCGGAGCCAAGGAGUCCCUUUACAAACAGAAGAACAUGCCUGAUGCCUUCCGUAAGGGUAUCAAGGCAAAAGCUGUCUCUAAAGAUGAGAAGCGACGACGAGAGGCUAAAGAGAACGGCAUCAUUCUGGAGAAACCCAGCAAGGUCGCCAAAACGGAUAACAAGCGCAGAGAACGUGGUGUCGGAGGCUCGUCGAUCGGCAAGUUCUCCGGAGGUACAUUGAAUCUGAGCAAGCAGGACUUGGAAAAGAUGCAAAGCUCUCGAGGUCGUGGCGGGCGUGGCGGGCGUGGUGGGCGGGGUGGUCGAGGUGGUCGGGGUGGUCGGGGCGGCGCAAAGAGAGGCCGCUUCUGA